GGAUCCCCGGCACAGAGCGAAGGAGGUGGGUGGCGGGAACACCCGUCGUCGUCCUCAGGGCGAGAUGUGGUGAGCAAGAGCGUGAGGUGUGUGUGGUGGUGGUGGUGGUGGGGGGGCGGUCAGAGAGACCCAACGACCCAGCCAUACAUCACACACACAGAACACCCCCUACACACACGAGAGAGGGAGGGAGAGGGAGAGACAGAGAGAGAGGGAGAGACCGCCCACCAACAACCUACAACAACCGACCCCACCCCGAGCCCCUCUUUUUUUGUUAACCACGACUCGCGCCCCACCGCAGCCAACCCACGAGCGGUGAGCGAGAGCGCGAGGAGGAGGCGGGGAAGAAGAGGGAGGAGGAGGAGGGGAAGAGAAGCUCGUCGUCCCUCACCAUCGCCACCACACGAGCACUUAGAACAGAGGAGAGAAGAAGAGGGAGUGAAGAGAGGAGAGAGACCAGGAGGAGGAGAAGGAGGAGGGGGGUUAUCCCCCAAAAAUGGCGGCGGACGACCGCUCCCGUGCCGACAGCGCCAAGCAGAAGCGGGCGGCGCAGCUGAAGCGAUGGGCCGGCUCCGAGACGGACCUCGAGACGGCGGUGCUUCGUCGCAAGAAGAGCAAGGUGAAGUUCGACGAUGGAGCCGUGUUCCUGGCAGCCUGCUCCAGCGGCGACACGGACGAGGUGCUCUCGCUGAUCGAGCGCGGCGCCGACAUCAAUUACGCGAACGUGGACGGGCUGAGCGCGCUGCACCAGGCCUGCAUUGAUGAAAACUUCGACAUGGUCAAAUUUCUGGUGGAACGCGACGCCAACAUCAAUCAGGCGGACAACGAGGGCUGGACUCCUCUGCACGCUGCUGCCUCCUGCGGCUACAUCGACAUUGCCAAGUACCUGAUCGCGCAUGGCGCCAAUGUGGCAGCGGUCAACAGCGAGAGCGAGCUGCCCCUGGACAUCACCGAGGACGAGGCCCUGGAGGACAUGCUGCAGGAGGAGCUCAGCAAACAUGGCGUAGACCAGGACGCGGCACGCAAGGAGGAGGAGCAGGUGAUGAUGCGCGACGCUCGCCAGUGGCUCAACAGUGGACGCAUAGACGAAGUGCGGCACCCUAAGUCGGGCGGCACCGCUCUGCACGUGGCCGCCGCCAAGGGCUACAUCGACGUCAUCAAGCUGCUGCUGCAGGCGGGCUUCGACGUGAACGUGCGAGACAACGACGGCUGGACGCCGCUGCACGCCGCCGCGCACUGGGGCAAGGAUGAGGCGUGCCGCGUGCUGGUCGAGAACUUCUGCAACAUGGAGGCGCUCAACAAAGUGGGGCAGACGGCGUUCGAUGUGUCCGACGAAGACGUGCUCAGCUAUUUGGAAGAGCUGCAAACGAAGCAGAAAACGAUGAAGAUCGAGAAGGAGAAGCAACCCAUUAACAGCGAGAUAAUCGAGUCGAAUGACACCAACUCCAUCAAAUCUAGAGGGAAGGAGGGUGAUGGCGAGAGCAAGCAUGACGAGACGAGCAGCUCCAGCUCCGAGGAGGAGGACGACGAGGAUGAGGAGGAGGACCAGGAGGGUUCUGAGGCCGAGUCGCAGCCCGAGAACCACACAGGGAAAAACCGGCCGUCCGUCAAGGAGAACAACAACAACAAGGUGAACAACAACAACGAGGCGAUGCCGGACAAGACGUCCGGCGUGACGCCCGCCGGGCCUGGCGUCCCCCCGACGUCGCGGGCCUCCUCGCACGGCCUCAUUGUGCCGCCCUCUGCCCCCACGCAGACCACACCCUCCUCCCCGGCCCCGCUGACGGUGACGAACACCCAGCCGCCCGCCACCGCCGCCACCACCCCGACGUCGCCCUCCAGGAAGCCUGAAUUUGUAGCCGCCACCUUGCCUGCAGUGGCACCGCUAAACCCGCUAACGUGGCGGCAGGGCCUGCGUAAAACCGGAAUCCCGCUUGUGCCCCAGAAAGGGCAGUUCCCGAGCUCGUUCCCGCGAGCCGGCGCAGGCGGCAUCGCCGCAGGCGCCGCCGCUCCCAAGGAGGAGGAGAAGAAGACCGUGGACGUUGCGCCCCCUGCCAGCGCACCCGCCUCAUGGCGCUCGGGCCUGCGCAAGACCGGUAGCCACGGUGCGCUGCCCGAGGCGGCGGCAGCGGCGGCGGGAGCGACGGGAGCGGGCGAGCCGCCGCGCGACGCCCUCCGCGAGAGGGGCGACGUCACGCAGGCCGGCUCGGGGAUCGCCCGCUCGGCCUCGAGCCCCCGGCUCACCACCACCGAGACGCGCGAACGCGAGAGGGCGUUGCUGGCGCAGCCGGCAGGAGAGAGGGACAGCCUGGGCACGAAACUCGCCCGCGUCCCUCCGACCAUCAGCGACAACAAGUUCACGUUCCCGCGCAAGCCUGGGACUGCCGACCCAGAGGAGAAGGAGAAUAGGGACACGGUGGGGAUGCUUUUAGCUCGAAGUAGCUCCUACACCCGACGGAGAUUCGAUGAUUCGAGCGAAAACACGGCACCCGCGUACCAGCGCAGCAGCCCCAACGGGAGGCACGGUGGAGAGGUCUCUUCUUCUGACUCUUCCUCAGGCCUCUCGCCCUCCUCACCCCCUCCGGUCCUCCCCACCUCCACGUCCACCACUCCUGUGCCCACAGUCCGUGUCUCGGAUGACGUUAUGAACGUUACUAGCACUGCCCCAGUCUCUGCCGUAGCCCUCUCAGUGGGCAGUAGCUCGGCCAUCUUUCGCUCUCGGGUCGAGGAGGCCCCCGAACGGGGCAGCAGGGAGGGCAUCGGUGGCGGCAGUGGUGGCACCGUGCCCGCCGUCACCGUGACGGUCCCGCCCACGGUGUCGGGAGGCUCGGCCCCGUCCCUGGAGAGCGGGGCGGCCCUGUCCGGGGAGAACAGAGAGCGACGCAGGUCAUACCUCACGCCCGUACGCGACGAGGAGUCGGAGUCGCAGAGGAAGGCCAGGUCCAGGCAGGCCCGGCAAACGCGUAGAUCGACCCAGGGCGUCACCCUGACAGACCUUCAAGAGGCUGAGAAGAUCCGACGCUAUGGCUCGGACAAGCGCGGGGGCCGCGAGCAGCCCGAGGAGAAGGAGUCUGCGGAGAGACUCGACGACAAGAAGGACACGGAGUCGCGGGAGGCGUCGGACGCGCGGGGGCGGCCCUCCCGCACCUACGGCAGCGACACCCAGGACGGUCCCUACCAGAGGUUGCGCCCUUCGGCGUCGCUGGCGCCGGCGGGCGGGGGGUCUCCGGCGGGGAGGGCGGGCGGCGGAGGGAGCACGGGGUCGGGUCUCGGCAGCGUUGGCUCGACCCGUGUGCCCACGGUCACCGUCGUGGAGCCAGAGAGGGGCGAUUCGGGCGAGGAGGACAGCCAGACGGAGGGAGACAAGGGCAAGAACAAGUUGUCGGUGGUGCGGGAUCGGCGCCGCCCACGGGAGAAGCGCAGGUCCACCGGCGUGUCCUUCAUGAGCCCCGACUCUCAGAGCGACGAAAAUGACCACGAUCUGACGGAUGAAGAAGAAGAAGAGAGUGAAGAGGUGGAAAAGGAAGUGAAAGAGGUGCGUCCAAAGCCCGACAAAACCACAAGUUCCAUCCUCCACUCGGGCCCUAUCCCCGUCCGUCGCCCUCCCUGGCCUGGCCUGUUGGGCAGUGGGUUGUUCAACACAGUAGCGACGAGCACGAGCCUCUCGGAGAACUACAGCGAACGGUACGCAGAUCGGAUGAGAAGCACAACGUCAAUCCGGCCUGGGCGGCCCGGGCCCACCUUGGCCCCCGCCCCGCAGCCCACGGAGCUACCGGACACAAAGGACUACCGCAAGCUGUAUGAGCAGAUGAGGAAGGACAAUGAAGAGAUGAGGAAGAAGUUGCGGGAUGCACAGCUGCAGCUGGCUGAGACCAAGGUGCAGCUGGAGAGGGUGACACAGAGACAAGAGCGUUUUGCUGACAAGACGUCGCUGUUGGAGGCAGAGAAGAGGGAAAAACGAGCCCUGGAGAGAAAAGUUUCGGAGAUGGAGGAGGAGAUGAAGGGUCUCGGAGACCUGAGGGCCGACAACCAGAGACUCAAGGACGAGAACGCUGCGCUGAUUAGGGUGAUUAGCAAGCUGUCCAAAUAGCAGCGAUCCGCUCCCCCGCCCCAGUCGCCCCAGUCGCCCUCACGCAGGGGGGAGCGAGAGAGAGAGCGAGCCGCAAACCGGAUGGCGAAGCACAUCCGUGAACCCGUCCGCUGGCUGCUCCCGGCGCUGGUGGACAUCGUCCUCCACUGACCACCACUACUGCUUACCCCCCCCCUCCACUUCCCUCCACCCUGGCUCAGAGACUUGACGUGGACACACGUCCCGGAUGCCACUCUGCACUGCCAAUUACAAAGGCGGUAGAACCUGCCGCACCGAAGACGGUUGGGGGGGGGGGCAGUGGCGACAGUCCAUGCCGGUUAAUGCAGCCGCAUGCGCGUGCAUGCGGACGAUUAGCCUUACAAGAAACCACGUUGCGUUGCCGAGUGUGCGCGGUGUUGACCGAGUGAUUGGGGUGGGGGGGGGGGAGAGACGGAGAGGGGGGGGGGUCAUCGCGGUCUGAGACUGCGAUUGCUUUUUCCUGUGCAGGCGUUUGUGUGUGUGUGCUCUGUGUAGCCGCUGGGGGGGUACAUGUGAUUUGUGUUUCUCAGCUUGUGGCGUAAAGGUUGGGGGAGAGAGGGAAGUGGAGAGAGGGAAGGGGACAGGAAAGGGGCUGCGUGUGCCAUUCCGUUCAUUUUACCAUUAUUCUUAUCACUAUUGAUAUUUUAUUUGUUUUAAUAUUAUUCCCAAAUCCCCCUCCCCCGUUCCAUUGAGUACACCGUUCGUGUCGUGUUGUUCCAUCUAUGGUCACGUGUUUGUUUAAGGGCAAUGAGCAAACGAACGAAACAGCUUUAUUACAGCAUCGUGUAUUCAGGCUUGCACGGUUGCUCCCAAAUCACCUUUGGCAUUGAACCACUAUCUACUCACCCGUGCACCCCCCCCCCCCUUCCCGAGAGGAGGUCACGACACUGUGUAUGUUACCCAACCAAGUGUGCACUCGUACGGUCAGGUUAAGGAGGUGGCCGGGGGGCAUUUCUCUCUGGCUCCGUGUGAGAAUGUCCGCCAAGCCAACUCGUGUGUAAAGCUCACAUUUGCGCGCACAGCCACUUUGGGCUGGGUGACCAGAGACCGUUACGGUCUGAGCAUCUCCUUACUCAAAAGAGCAUUAGUUGACACUUUACUCUCCUCGGUGGCCCUGCUUGAUUGGGGGAAAUUCGACGUGACCAUUCAGAUUUGACCUAUAGGAGGAUGUGUGACCUCUGUUGACUUCCCACAAAAGUGGUGCCCGUUUUAAUUCUUAUCGACUCUAGGGGGAAUGAUGGGACCGAGUCUCAACUGACGAUCUGGAAUUGAGUUUUGCGACUUGCCCAUUGCGGGUCGAGCGUGCCCCCCCCCCCCCCUCGGCACGUUGCCACUCGGCCGGGCCUACGGUUGUGAGGGUUUCAAUAAAACAAAAAAAUCUGCUCGGCUGAGUGUGAACGAGAAUAACCCCGAAGCCUCGAGUAAAGCCCCCCAGCUUGCGAGCGUUACAUUUGCUACAUUAUUUUAAUGCUCAUGUUAUAUAUUUUUUGUUGACUUGAAAUAAAAGGCACGUAACAUUAUAUCCUGCAGAUUGCCAUGCUAACGCAGUCGGUGCAUUGACCUCUUAUGUCCGCCAAUACAUUUCUAAUGGGCAAAAGGGCUUUGACAUCGGUGACCCGGCAACAGAAUGCGCUUGCAUGUCCAUGGGCAACUUAGGAAAUGCAUGCACCAGUUGAGCCAGAUUAUGCAGAAGAAAACCACGUUUUUUAAAAAUUAAGAAACCCAGAUUUAUAAAUGUGUUGUCACACAUGAAGUUUGAACCACAUUUCCACAGCAGCCUCUUUGCAGACCUCAUUAGCUGUUAGUUUGGUUUUGUUUGUUUAUUUUUUGUAUCUAAUCUUUCCCAAAACACGUUGGGCCUGAUUCAUGGGUUGGUUGAAACUGCUCUCCUGGCUACUUUUCCAACAAACAAUGACACACUGUCUUUUUUACCUUCGGUGUAUGAGAGGGGGGAGGAGGAGGGGGGGGAGCUCAGUGUAUGUCUGCAUAAAAUAACUUUCCACCAACAUUUGGUGGGAACAAUGCAAACGCCAAUUUUUGUUGUUGUUGCAUGUUUGACAAUCUUCCAAUAUAAAUUGGUGAAUCUGCUCAAAAAAAAAUUUGGCUCUGCUGAGAGAUGGAGGCCAAGGCAUGAAGUCAGUCUGUGUGGUACAUUGCAUUCGGUUCGAAAAAAAAAGAGAUUGUCGGCCUUACGGUGCAAACAAGCUGUGUGAAUGCAUUGCUCUGAACACUGGUAUCAUUAAAUUGGUGUGACUGAACUGUUCAUGUCGGCCAAGUUCAGUUCUCAAGACGGGCAAUAGAUGGGGUCUGCUACGCAACAUUAUUGCCUGGGCAUGCUAUCCAUCACUUGUUAAAAGUCAACAUUAGCCACGUGAUGUUUAGUAAAAAAAUGUUUUUUGAAGUUUGUGAUUUCCUUCAGAAAUAUUUUUUUCUGGACAAAUUCCUGGCCAACAAAAUAGGAUUUAUUAUUAUUAUUAUUGCAUUAUUCAUGGAUAAAUGAUCAGCCGAGGUAGCGCUUCGACUAUUUGGUAGAUUACAAAUCCCAAAUAGGGAUGAACACAUCCCAUAAUCCCUCUGGUUAUUAAAACGCGUUACCUGGGGGAAGUCGAACAGUGGUCGUGCUUAGUGUCGGCUCUCCAAUAUCGAGUGAAAUGUGGAGCUUCCACGGCGUCACUGGGUGGUCAUAGUUGUAGCUGAUGCUGUCCACAACCCAACCGGUCGCAUCCUAACGCAUCCCAAAAACGUGGCGGUCAACAACUGCCCUUAAAACACAAUGUUACGUCUUUAGCUCCUCGUCUUGGUCGUGGAUCUAUGGGUUGCCCGCUCCACUGAUGGUCUGGCACAAUGCCAAGGCGUGUUUGAGAAAGGGAGACUUUGAGAUGUGACGGUACCAAACGUUUUGUUUGCCACUGUUUGUUAAAAGGAGGGGUCUUGAAAAACACAGACGUAGCCCCCGUGCGUGCAGAGAGAGGCGCAUGUGAUGUCAUGGUGGUAACUCGUGGAUGUGGCUCUGUAAACUUGUAGCUACAAGCGUGCGCACCUCCCCAUGUUACAUAACGGUCUCCCUGCUCGUCUGCUCAGGCCAUUGGUGGAAUUUCCUUGUUACCAUAUUGGGAGCGAGACUGGGCCAUCACCCCCUGGUGACUAAGCACAAAGGGGCAUUUUCUCGAGCGACCCGCAGGGACGAUGAGUUGCAUGAACCUCUGAACGGAACUUGAACUUAGAACCCUCCAAUCUGGCGUCAAAAGCUCUCUGACCAGUCACGGCUGACCAAAUGUAUACAUUAACUUCACGGCUGAAAUUUUAAUAAGCAUGAGCAUAAAAUAAUCGUUAUUAAUGCAGUUUGCAGCAACUUAAUGACCCUAUACAAUAAUGCGCAAUUGGGAAAAAAAAACUCUCAAAAGUAAUGUUUUAGGACAUGUUUCUGCAAUUUUGAAAAAUCAUAAACACACUGAAGCGUGUCACCAGAGUGAUUUUGAGAAUUCUUCCAGGGCUUUUGAAUGGAGGUCACUUGCCAGAUGCACACCCAUAGCCUUAUCGCUGCCCUAAAAUAAAUGUCCCACUCCCACCAAGUUUAGGGGCAGUCACAAUUCACCCAUGAAUGCCCUCUUCGUUUUUAUUAUAUUUUCUUUUCUACGUUUUGAAAUUGUCUACCCAACACUGCGCGUGUUUCGCUAUCUCUAUAUAUUAGCCUCGCUUCCCACACGACGUGUCAAAACAGUACUCCCAGUACGUGCAAAGCAUUUUGUACGCGUAUUAAGAAUAAUGAUACGUUAAGAGACAAACGCUUGGAGUAUUUUAUACAUACUGACUAGAUGUCCACAUUGAGUUGAGGAAGUGAAAAAAACUACUUUUAAAAACAAUAAUAUAAAAAAUCACGUAAUAAAAAUAAGUAAGGCUUUGUUUUUGAAAAGCAAAAAAAUUAAUAAUCAUGCACACUGUAUUGGACUGUUAAUAAUACACCGUUGGAGUCUACGCGUGUACAAUGCCAUGCUUUGCGAGAGACGCCCAGCAUGUCUACCUGUAUAUGUACGUACGUUUUGUAUGUAUAUGUAUGUAACGUGUUUGUGCAGCCCAGAUAAGGGAUGCGGCGACCCCCUGGUGUGUAUGGUUAAUGGCGUGAGCGUGGUUUAAUUGAUGAUGAUGUGGUUUGAACGUCUGGGAGGGGUCACAGCUGUAAGCACUCACGGACAAGAGUUCAGUUAAUCCAUCACAGUUUUUAACGGAACUGUAUACUAUUUUGUCACAUAAUUUUAAACAAUAAAAAACAUUUUAAAAAUG